AUGAGUAUUGAGGAUUGGAAUAAACUCUGCGAUAAAGAUUUUGUAGAACAUUUUAGUCCACCUGAACUUAGAAAACAUUUCUUGCAUUUAUCGCAUUUUUGCAAGCAAGGUUAUGACGAAGACAAUGCAAUAGAAGAAUUAAAGGCCAAAGAUCUUGCACAAUGGAAAGAUACAUGCUAUAAUGCUAAAGAUAAUUUUGAGAAUUCAGUAGUAAAAGACUUACGCAAAACAUAUUCAGCGAAUCAUUGGGAAGCUGUACGAGGACUUUUACAGUCACUUGAAAUUCAAAGUCAAGCUUUAUUACUCUUUGGCUUUAGGUCUCGUGCAAAAGAAAUGCCAGAUCUUAAAUCAGCUGUAAAGGCAAUCAAUGCAAUUGUUAGCAAUUGGUACGGUUAUACUAUAAAAAGCGAACAAAAAUUGGUAGGACCUAAAGAAAAAAGAAUUUGGAAAUAUUCAUAUCAAAUUAACCGAAAGCUAUAUAAUAGUCGUGGUUUUGAUAAUCAAGAAGAAGUAAUGGCUAGGAAGUUAGAUAAUUCUGAAUACUGCCCUAUAGUUCUAGUUCUUCUAUCAUAUAAGUCAAAG